AAGACUUAAAAUGCUGCUAUUCAAGACAAGCCUUUUGCCCUUGAAUCUUUUCCUUUCUCCUUCAUAUUUAACCACCAACUUGUCUCCGUCGCAAUCAUCACCACCCUGAAUUUCAACUCUACUCUGGCUGACAUCCUCCCUCUUAAUAAAAACUACCACUACUAAUCGCUCCACGCAAGCCCCCAAAGCCCACCACCCCUGACCACCACGGGAUCACCACCGGGUCUCUGGUUUGGUUAUUUGCCGCCUCUCCCGUAACAAGCCUAUUCUCAAAACCUGCUCCUUUCCCAUUCUUCUUCCAUCAUCAUCACCUGUCGCUGCUUUUUACCACCGUAACCAACACAACAUCUCGGCUUGUCAUCAACAAACCAUUCCUAGAUCAUCAUCAUCAUCAUCAUCACAACAACUCUCCCUCUCCAUCACUUCGAUCAUCAACCUACCAUGGCUCCUCCAGCCAAAUCCGCCGAUGCGCGACGCAAGUCAAGCACCAAAGCAACUCUGAUCAUCACUCGCAGAGUCUCCCCCGACAGGCUGCGUGCCGUGAUCGCGCCCGACUCCAUCAAAGAGGAAUCUCCCGCCAAGGAUACCACAGCCAAUGCAGACUCACCUGCCGCGUCCGUUUCUGGCUCUCAACCAGCAGCCAGCGUCACAAAUGGCGACAAUGCUUCAGAUUCAAACGCUGCUACUCCUGUACCCGAUGCAACUACUGCCGACGGAACACCCGCCCCUUCAGCCAUGGGGCCGCCUACUGAGGGUCCAAAGAAGAAGGGCGUCAAGCGAUCAGCCGCCACUGCCAACGGAUCAAAUGAUGGUAUACCCAAGCCUCGAGGAAAGCCUGGCCCCAAGAAGAAGCCCCGUCUGGAGGACGGUACGAUCGAUCAUUCUGGCACCAAGCCUGCUGGAGGCCACAAGCUGGGACCCAAGGCAAACCAAGGUGCCAUCAAUGCAGGCCUUCGCGCUCUCGAUCGCUCUGGCAAGCCUUGUCGCCGAUGGGCCAAGGGAGGCUUCCAACUCAAAAGCUUUACAGGCGUCGCAUGGGAGAUUCCUCGCUGGGUCGCUCCCCAGAAGAAAGCUCCAGAGUCUGGUGCUGAAGAUUCGGCCGCUGCCUCUGCCGCGUCCGCCGAGGGUAGCACCAAGGAAAAUAAGGAGAAUGGCCAAGAGGUCAACAGUGCCAGCAACAGCAACAGUGGCAACGACGUCGAGAUGCAAAGUGCCCCCAGCAACCACGCCUCAUCGCCCGCACCUCUGGCUAUCGCAGCUGCCUCAUAGUAAUCGGCGGCCGCACGCCGUCACUUUCCCUAUGUAAUUUACUCUGAUAUCAGAGUUUGUUUUCACCAUCCUACGAUAUUUUGCCGGCGUUUUAGGUUUACACACAACUGACGCUCGUUGGUCUGUCAGUCACUCAGGCAACAUGUUUUGAGAUUGAGCGAGGGCAUGGAUUCACACUUGAUCACAGGUUUUUCUUAUAUUAAGAAUGCGACGUUGGUGUCGCUGGCGU